AAGCAGGCGCUCACAUGACUGAGGAGCGGAAGCCCUGCGUCAUUCCAAUAUGGCGUCGUGCUGAGCUUGUAGAUCAGCAACACAACUAAAAGUCUGUCGACUGCACAGUUAGCUUUUAGACCCUCCACUGAGAUUCAAAAAUGCCCACACAGGAGGUAAGGUAAAGAAAGCCCCCUGAAACGUCUUGACAACUCGGAGGGAGCCCAGCAGCGUCCAGAAGAAGAGCUCUGAGGACGCCUCUGACAUCGCUUUGCGUUUUCCAGCAGUGAUGUCACUGACAGAUGUUUCUGCCGACACAACACCCUUCUUCUCAGAUGAUAAUGAGGGGGAGGGACCUACUGGCAAUGGGGUGGGUUCACCUCAGCCCAAGGAGGAGGAGUCUGCCAGCGGAGUGUCUGAUAGAAGAGCUAAAGUGACCGUGGUUGUACUCUGCUACAUCAAUCUACUGAACUAUAUGGACAGAUUCACUGUGGCAGGUGUACUUCCAGACAUUGAGAAGUUCUUCAGCAUGAGCGAUGGAAAAUCAGGGCUACUUCAGACAGUCUUCAUCUGCAGUUACAUGAUCUUGGCUCCUGUGUUUGGAUACCUGGGCGACAGGUAUAACAGGAAGUACAUCAUGUGUGUGGGAAUUUUUUUCUGGUCCCUAGUGACAUUAGCCAGCUCCUUCAUUGGCAAAGAACAUUUCUGGGCGUUGUUGUUGACGCGAGGGCUGGUGGGUGUUGGGGAGGCCAGUUACUCCACCAUUGCUCCCACCAUCAUCGCUGACCUGUUUGUCAAGGAGAUGAGGACCAACAUGCUCUCCAUUUUCUACUUUGCGAUCCCAGUGGGCAGUGGUCUGGGUUAUAUCGUGGGCUCAAAGGUGAAUGAGGUGGCUAGGGAUUGGCACUGGGCUCUUCGGGUGACCCCUGGUCUGGGGCUGCUGGCAGUAAUCCUGUUGUUUUUGGUAGUUCAGGAACCGAAGCGUGGUGCGAUCGAAGCUCGUCCAGAGCACACGCUGCACAGAACCAGCUGGAUGACGGACAUCAAAGCACUCUGCAGGAAUCCAAGUUUUGUUCUGUCCACGUUGGGCUUCACGACUGUGGCCUUUGUGACAGGAUCACUAGCCCUGUGGGCCCCUGCCUUUUUAUUCAGAGCGGGCGUCUUCACUGGAGAGAAGCAGCCAUGUUUCAAAGCCCCCUGUGACAACUCUGACAGUGUGAUUUUUGGCGUCAUCACAGUUGUGACCGGCAUCUUGGGAGUAGCAGGUGGGGUGCAGGCGAGCAAGAAGCUGAGGACCAGGACCCCUCGAGCCGAUCCAUUAGUCUGUGCUGCAGGACUCCUCCUCGCUGCUCCCUUUCUCUAUCUGUCCAUCAUGUUUGCUCAGGCUAGCACUGUGGCCACAUAUAUCUUUAUCUUCCUGGGUGAGACAUUCCUGUCUAUGAAUUGGGCUGUUGUUGCGGAUAUCCUACUGUAUGUUGUGAUCCCCACACGGCGCUCCACGGCGGAAGCGUUUCAGAUUGUCCUCUCACACUUGCUGGGUGACGCUAUCAGCCCUUACCUCAUAGGAGUGGUGUCAGACUCAAUAAAGAAGUCGGAUUCAUACAUGUGGGAGUUUCGUUCACUUCAGAUGUCACUCCUGCUGUGUUCCUUCGUGGCCGUGGUGGGUGGAGCUUUCUUCCUCACCACGGCCCUCUUCAUUGAAAAAGACCGACAUCUGGCAGAGAACUAUGUGCCCUCUGAUGAUGCACCAAUUAUUGUUCCAAAGAGAGGGAGGUCCACUAAAGUAUCAGUGUCAAGUGUUUUAAUUUGAGAUGGCACAAGGAUUUGGAUUGUUCUCAACACGGGGAACAGCACUCUGGAGCAGGCAGAUAGAGCCAGUCCUGGAGCAGCAAUCACUGAUUGGAUACCAAUAAGGAGUUUUAUAGUAAUUUAUUAUGCUUAUGUUUUUGUUUAUAUUCUUAACUCAUUUAUUGAUUUGGGAACAUUUUGGACUAAAAACAUAUCAGUAACAUCUUACCUGGUAGUCCUUAAAAAAAAAAAAGCAAAGCGGUUAUAUGGUGGGAACAUUUCAUUACCUUUUAUUGAAACUCCUGAAGAUGUGUUUUAGGAUUCAUGUAAAUUAUAUUUUAGAUGUUUUUAUUGAAGGGGAUCUCAAUUGAUUUCUCAGUCUAUAGGUUCUUAAGUCAGUAAACUAAAACCAAGGUACUUUCGAAAUUCUGUUGCAUUUGUUUUCAUCGAAGC